AUGUUCGCGGCCGAGUGCGACGUGACGGGGGAAACCUAUAACCUGCCUCUAAUCGAGAACUUCAAACGUACCUGUACCGAUUGUGAAACCUGUUCUACGAAUGAUAUGCACGCGAUGCUUCAAACGAAUCCAAGGCCAGAUAAUGGAUGGUAUUUGUUCAACUACAAGUUCGGAACGGCGUUGCAGCGUUGGAAAAGAUGGGAGAAACAUCUUAGCGGUCAGCAGCCCAGCUUGGAUCAGCAGAUCUUUCCACAACACAUCACGUUCGUAGAUCUUUCGCAUCUGUGGACCGAAACCAUCGUUCUUUCUAUGCUGCUGUGUUCUUCAGCUUAUGCGGUUGUCUUGUAUUACUUCGUGCGACUUUAUUUCCUAAAGAACCGGCUGAGUCAAGAUGAAAGCAGUGUUGAAACCGAAAAUCGGGGAUCGAUGACCGAUCGUUCUUUGGGUAGCGACAACAGUAGCCUAGCCGCAGUUGCUUCAAGGUUUCGCCAUGACUUUCAGACCAUCCGUUGCAUGGGUCAUGGUGGAUUUGGGGUCGUUUGGGAGUGCAAGAACAUUCUUGAUGAAAAUACGUACGCUGUAAAAAGAAUCGCCAUACCUGAUCGGUAUGUCGUCUGA